GGGGYCCGCCGGGAGCAGCGAGGGCGGGCGGCCGGGGCGGAGCGGCAGCCGGCAUGGGGGCCGGGGCGCUGGCCGUACGCCCAAACAAAUCAGCUGUGAGAUUGAAGGAGGACAUGAAAAAGAUAGCCGUGCUUCCACUGAACAAGCAGAGGGACACAACCUGUCCAAAGGUGUUUGGUGUGAGUCUUCUGGAGCUCCAGCAGCAGGGACUGAGCAAAAAUGGAAUCCCAAUAGUUGUGUGGAAUAUAGUCGAGUACCUCACCCAGCAUGGUAUGACACAGGAAGGUCUCUUCAGGGUGAACGGCAGCAUGAAAAUGGUGGAGCAGCUGCGUCUGCAGUAUGAGCGUGGGGAAGAGGUGGAACUCGUUAAAGAUGGUGAUGUGUAUGCAGCAGCCAGUCUGCUGAARCUGUUCUUGAGAGAGUUGCCAGAUGGGAUUAUCACAUCUGCCUUACAUCCCAGGUUCAUUCAGCUUUACCAGGACUCUAGAAACGACAUUCAGAAGGAAAGUUACUUGAAAGAACUCCUUAAAGAACUGCCUGAUGCUCAUUACUGCCUGCUGAAGUACCUGUGCCAGUUCCUGAUAAAGGUUGCUGAACAUCACGUAGAGAACAGGAUGAAUCUUUGCAAUCUUGCCACUGUAUUUGGACCAAACUGCUUUCACGUGCCCUCUGGAUUUGAAGGGAUAAAGGAACAAGAGAUCUGCAACAAGAUAAUGACAAAAAUGCUGGAAAAUUACAAUACCUUAUUUGAGUUAGAAGGCUUGAAGAAGGAUGAAGAAAAGCCUGUAUGUGAAGAGCUAGCAAGAAUAAUUUUGGUAAAAAUGACCAAACCCCCAAUGGAACAAUCCARCCAAAUGUGCCUAUUGCCACAACCAGGCCAGUCAGAUGGAAUACCUCAAGUCAGCCUCCGAUUAACAGACAGUGGUUCAUGUGGGAAGGAGAUGGACUUAGCAGAUGAAAUCUCCUUCGUUAACAAUGAUGUGUUUUACUCCAGCUCUCAAGAAGAUGAGCGGCCUAUGUCACCCUUCUACGUGAGUGCCCACGUAUCACAAGUCAGUAGCAACAUUCCUGCUACAGGAGAGUAUUUAGAGAAGACAAUCCGCUCAGCCGUGGAGCAGCAUCUCUUUGAUGUUCAUGGCUCAGGCGGCCAGAGUUCAGAGGACUCUGAAUCGGGGACAUCUUCAGCCUCUUCUAAUGUGUCUGCCAGGCAGAGGAGGCGACACCACAAAGAGCAGGAGGAAGCCCGGAGAAACAUGGAAGUUGUCAACAAAGAAAACAUUCCCUCUGGAUUCAGCAGUCUUGAAGAUUGUAUUCUAGCUGCCCAAGAYGUAGAGAAAUUACAAGACACCAACUCUGGAUACCUUAGUGAAAGAAAUAAAUCAAAACGGCAGAAAUCCAGCACUAAGCUUUCAGAGCUUAAUGACAACCAGGACAGUCCUGUGAGUAUGGAAAGCUUUAGCUCAUCCAAGCCUGUAGAMAGAACAGGACCUGAUGACAUGGAAAUAUUAUCUGAAGAAAGCAAAGAAAGUGAAAAUGAUGAGGUUUUUUGCAGGCACCCUCAGCAGACUUCAAGCAUGAAGAUUCAAGAACAUCCAAGUAUGCCUGAAAACAAGUUGCAAAGAAAUCAAGAUGCUGAUGAUCAGGAAAACAGCUUUGUAUCUGAAGUGCCUCGGCUGGAUUUAACAUCACUGUGUGAUGACAACAACUGGGAAGAGCCCAUCCCUGCUCUCUCCUCAUGGCAGCGAGACGGCUUAGACUCAGAUGAGGCUCGCCUUUCCCCGCAGGCCGGGCGCUUGAUUCGGCAGCUUCUGGAUGAGGACAGCGAUCCCAUGCUGUCCCCUCGCUUCUAUGCCUAUGGACAGAGCCAGCAGUACCUGGAUGACACAGAAGUGCCUCCUUCUCCUCCCAAUUCUCAUUCCUUCAUGAGGAGACGGAGUUCGUCUUUAGGAUCUUACGAAGAUGACAGAGAAGACCUUACCCCUGCACAACUCACCCGAAGGAUUCAGGGGCUGAAGAAAAAGAUCAGGAGAUUUGAGGACAAAUUCGAAGAGGAGAGGAAAUACAGACCCUCCCACAGUGACAAAGCAGCCAACCCUGAAGUGCUCAAAUGGACGAAUGAUUUGGCCAAAUUCCGAAAGCAACUUAAAGAGUCAAAACUGAAGAUAUCAGAGGAAGACCUUGGCCCUGUUGUGCGUCAGCGCAGCAACACKCUCCCCAAGAGCUUUGGCUCUCAGCUGGAAAAGGAGGAUGACAAGAAGCAAGACCUGGCAGAUAAAUCUGCCAAGCCUGCYGUGGAAGUGACCCUUGACUCCAUCCAGAAGAAGCUUCAAGAGAAACGAGCAGAGACAAAUCGACCUGAAGACAUUAAGGACAUGACAAGAGAUCAGAUAGCAGCUGAAAAAGUGGCUCUUCAAAAAGCUUUGUUGUAUUACGAAGGCAUUCAUGGCAGACCGGUUACCAAAAAUGAACGGCAGGUGAUGAAGCCRUUGUAUGACAGGUAUCGCUUGGUCAAACAGAUCCUCUCCAGAGCCAACACCAUCCCUAUUAUUGGUUCCCCCUCCAGCAAGCGGAGAAGCCCUUUGCUGCAGCCAAUUAUCGAGGGCGAAACAGCUUCCUUCUUCAAGGAGAUAAAGGAGGAAGAGGAGGGGUCUGAGGAGGACAGCAAUGUGAAGCCAGAUUUCACAAUUACCAUGAAAACAGAUUUCAGCGUGCGCAGCUUCUUGGAUCAACUGGAAGAUGAUGCUGAUGGCUUUGUUUCCCCGGUGGAUGACAAGAUGCCAUCUAGGAGCAGUCAGGAUAUGGGGCUUUCAAAUCUCCACGAAGCAUCCAUCCCUGAACUGUUAGAGCAGCUCCAAGAAGUCAGGGAAGAGAAAAAGCGAAUCAGAAAAAAAUUGAGAGACUUUGAAGAUAACUUUUUCCGACAAAAUGGAAGGAAUGUGCAGAAAGAAGACCGCACUCCCAUGGCUGAAGAAUACAAUGAAUACAAGCAGAUUAAGGCCAAGCUGAGGCUGCUGGAAGUCCUGAUCAGUAAGAGAGAUAUUAGCUCCAAGAUCAUGUAAAGGAGGAGAUUGUUUUUGCCAAUAAACAAAGAGGAGAGAGCACCAAAUGGACAAAUGCAUGAAGUGGAUGCAGCGGGGGCCUGACURGGGAGAGCUGAGGAGCUCCCUGGGAACUGAAGGGUCAUUCCCAGAGGUGGGAGAGGGAGGAAAGGUGGAUUUCUGUCACUCUCUACAUUUGCUGUUGCCCACUCUUUCUCCAGGCCUGAUGYCCAAAAUGGAGUUUGCCAGUGUAGGAGACACGACACUGCGCUCAGUGACUGCACUGAAGGGAUCCUUCUGUAUUGAUUUGCUUACAGAUCAUGUAAUACUCAGAAUAUCAAAGCCAGCCAUGCUAUCCUUUUUUUUUUUUAUCCCAGGAUAUUAUAGCAAGAGGCCAACUAGGAUUAAUAGYAAUGAAAUCAUCCAAUAGCUUCUACUUUAGUUUAUCAGACAGGUGCCCUGACUGAUCUUAUAUGAAGGCACAGGUCAGGCAGCACCGAGACUGUUCUCUCAUAGCUACAGUAAAGAUUUGCUCCGACUUUUGACCUGACUGUUUGGAGUCCAGCAUCUUCUGUUGCUCUAGAGAAAUGCUGUAAGAAUCUGCUGGUCAUCAGCCAGAGCUGAUGUGAGUURCAGUUUUGCCAAGGCUUGAGUUGGAUUUUCUUCCCACUGUUUUGAUGGCCAUUUCAACUGAAGUAAAAGGAAGUACCUGCAUCUGUUUGGGGUAGUAAUAUGAGCCAUGCAGUGAGGUUCUUAGCAGCUUGUUCUGCUUGGAGGGUGAUACUCAGACAUUCUGACCAUGUUUGGGCAACAGGGAAGAGGUUUGAGAAGCUUUAAGUCAGAAUCCCUUGGGAUUUUGUUGGUUGGUUACACAGCUGGUGUCAAAUAUCUGGUGAAUAUCCCUUUAGUCAGUGUGCUUCAUGGUGAUAGAAAUGCCUGAGUCCAAGCUGAACAGUCCAUACAGGUGUCCCACAAACUCACCUGAAUUUCCUUCUUUCAUGCACAUCACCCCUGUGUGGGCUGCAGCAGCAGAGGAUGGAUGGGCUUUUCUUCCCAGUGUAGGAGGUACAGCAGCCCAGAGGAUGCUGCAGGGAACUGAAAGUACGGAGCCAUGCUCUGCCUGUGGAAAGAGCCCCUGUCUUGGGUAUCAGUUUUGACAAUUGAGUGUUUUCAAAUUCACUGGUGACUUUCAGAAGAGAARGUCCUGAGGUACCUGAUUCAGGUGCUCAUGGCAAACAGGUGCUGCCUGAAGGAAAGGUGCUGAGUUCAGGGACACCAGGUCACUGAGGGCUCACAGUUCUGCUGUCCCAGGACACCUGGGCUCACUCUCCCACUCCAGAGGCUUGUUUGUGUGCCCCCCUCGAUCUGCCCCGGGCCAGGCUCGACCCUGAUACCCAARGGAGGGCAUUUUGUAAUGUUUUCUUCAGCUCCCCAGGGGAUCACYGCUAAUGUGCAGAAGCCAAAUAGCCGAGAUGAAAUCCAGUGUUGGUUUUAGCCAGGCCUCACCUGUGCAUGUCACAUCAAAGGAGCCAAGAGGACUCCCUGAACAACUUCUCCCCCUUUCUUCUUUAUCAAGGGCAAGUGGGCUCACAAAUAGUUGUAUUUGGGUUGUGGUAUUUAGAAUUAUCCCCUUUCACUUGCCAUGUGUGCUGUGUGUGUUCUUGCAAAAACUGCUGCUGUUUUGGUUUCUUCAGGAUCCCUGGAACUCUUCCAAAGGUGACCACGGGCUGCAUGUGCCCAUGGCUGGUCAGGGUGGGUAAGGCAGAGAUGUGUGUUAUGAAAGCACUUGGGACAGGGACUCAUGGCUUGGUUUGGUUUUUUUAUUGAUUGCAGAAUUGCCUCUUCCAGGUAAAUCCAGUGAAGCCUGAAUUUUGUAUUUCCAAACAGUUCAGAGGACUUGUGUGCUGACCUGGGGCUUGGCUCUUCAGAGAUGCUGAGUUCCCAUCUCCUGAGAUGGGAUCUCUUCUGAUCCUUGUGGGGUGUUAAUUGGGCUGACAGAUUGGCUCAAAAAGUGCUUUGAAGGUGUUUGGGCAGGGAAGCCUGACCAGGGUAAAGCCCUGCCCCAGCACAGGGCAGCCCAGGCAGCCAGAGCUGUGCCUUUGCCUGCCCCUGCAGGCUCUUCCUCUCCUUGUCAGCUCUCCCUCGUUGUUUAGGGAAAGCAGUCACUGUUAGUGCAGGUGUGGGUGAGAAAGAAUGCUGGGUUACCAAAAGCUCCUUAGCACUGGCUCAUUUUUACAUUGUUCAGGCUCAGUUCAGCAAAGCAAAAACCUGGUUGGUGAGCACGUGCUUCAAGCUGCUCUGCCUUUGGGGUGUUGCUGAAUUGCAGAGCACUAAAGCCUGUGUGCUUGGCUGAGUCUGGGCCUGGACAGCUCUCAAUGGAUGAGAAAAGCAAUUUCUGCCAUUUUUCAUAAUCACGCAUUUUUACAGUGGGCCAAGGCUUCCCAGGAGUAUGUUUUCUCUGCUUAUUUUAAAAGCCUGUUUGCACUGUGUACUGAUAAAUUAUCUGUUUUGCUGGGUUUUUCCCCUGACAAAUCUUGAUAAAUGAURUGUAGGGAACAGUCCAUUUUAUUUYUAAACUGAUGAGAUUGUAGCAUUUUCUGAUGCUUAGUUACUGCUGUUUACAUGGUAUAUUGCUAGAAUUUCAGAUAGUUUCUAUGAAAUGUAAGUACAGUUAUGCACUUUAGAGAGUUUAUAUUUUUGAACUUUGAAAACUAAAAGUAAUAGAACCUAUUAAUGGAGGUUGUACAUUAAAAGGAAAAAAAAAGACACACACCUAGCCAUCUCUCUUUUUCUACUGUUCAAGUCCUUCCUCAUGGCAAAAAGAAAGCAAAACUUCAGCUGCCUCGUUGUGAAAGGAACUGCUAGAAAAGAUUAUCAGAGAGAARUGAAUUUUACAAUGCCAGUCCUGGAAAGACGUGUACAAAUGCUGAACUUUGUCCUGGGUUUGCAGAUGCUGUGACUCCCCUCUCCCAGACAUGUGCAGGAGGAGGACUCCUGAGCACUAAAAUGUCUUUGUAUCUCCCACAAAUGAUUUGACUUCUCCCUGACCACAAAUAGACAGAAAUUAUGUUUGUCCCACCACAGGAAGUCAAUCCAAGCAACCACUGUGUGUUUUGUUUGAUGAUUUGUCUGUGCCAACAUCAAUGACUGUUGACUGGAGAACAUUCAAUACAAGACUGUGCUUUUUAAAAGGUGUGAAGUACUGUACAAAAUUGUACUUUAUGUGAUAUAAAUAAGCUGUUUAGUGUAAGACAACCUCUUUCCCUGUCACUAGAACAAGCUGUCUUCUGUAGGAUGGCAGUAGGGUCUGUUGGGCUUCCCAUCAAUAGGGGCUGUCUCGGACACGUGUCUGUGUUACCACAUUGUGGUAUAAAAAAAAUCAUUAAAAUGUAAACGUUAGCCAUGAAUGGGUUGUGCACAAAAUAAGAUUGCAGGAAUGAAAGAYAGAGGGAAAACUUGUCAUUCUUGCAAGUUGCAUUUGGUUUUAUUCUGUUUACUCCUGAGUAAACAGGUGAAUAAUGGAUAUUUCUGUUAAAGGUGGUGAAAUUAAAGCAUUUUCCUUUAAUCAUUCUGCUGAUACAUCGGUUGUUUUUCCUGGUGAGUGCAAGUUUUAGAGGGUAAGUGCUGCCAGCCAUCCUCCAGCCUGAGGAGCCCUUUGCAGCUGUUUCCAAGUCCUUUGCUGCUGCCGAGGUGAGAGCUGGGUAACCAGACCAAAAUAGUUAUGGGUUGAGGGGGAAAAAAAAAUGUUUGCAAUGAGUCCAGUAGCUGGGAAGUUUAAAGUCACAUUCAGGUGGUGUGGAACUAAGUGGGGCAGAGUGGGCCUGGUGUGGCAUAAUUAAUUGUGCUAAUGGUCUGAGCCUGCAGCAUUGACAUCCUCGAGGGCAAGCACAGCUGCACAGUGACAGCAAGGCAGGCUGGUGGCUGCGCAGGAUUUCCUGGGCUCCUGUUUCUCCCUUGGCCCACCAUGGCAUGUGGURUUGGAGACUGUGCUUGGGAUGCAGGGAUUGGCUCUAAAUCCAAACUGAACAGCCCUCCACACCCCCACUGCAUGUCUGUGCCCCACAUUGAGAAGAUCCAUGGGGAAAGCUCUUGCCCUUGGAGACUGGGGUGGACUGACAUCUCCAGCUCGUGGAGGGAGCAGUCAAGUCUCACCAACCUGCAUGCUCAGUCACAGCAUGGAGUGUGGACCUUGUAGGAUCAGCAAGUGUGUGACCUUUCUGCUUCCCCCUGGACACCUGCAUGCAGGGAGCUGUCUCCUAGAAUAAUGGAUAUGUAUAUACAUCAAACAAUACACUGUUUUGCAAAUGACUUGGUGUAUAGCAAAUAUUUGGGUUGGCUGCGUGCAGAAGCCAAUACCAGGGUGGGUGUGGGUGCCUGACUGAAAAAAAAUUGUUAAUAAUCACUUUUCUUCAGMUUUCAUUUGCUGUACAAAAGCAAUGUGGGAAUGCUGUCAUGCAGCCAGUGCAUUCCACACCUCAGUGACUCUGGGCUCGGGUCUCYGUUUACAUGGUUUAUGUAAGCAACUUCAAACUGAAUCUAUAGUGUCCUUUUUAACAUAAAUGGAUUGAAAAGCAUUAUGUGUACACUUUGUAUUUUGUAUAAAACAAGAAAAUACAACUAUUUUGACUGCA